GCCCGUCAGGGACGAAACAUGGCCGCUCCGUCCAGGAAGGUGUUUGAGGUGUUCGUGUCCAGGGUACCAUGGACUAUCGCUAGCAAGGAGAUGAAGGACUAUUUUGGACAGUUUGGUCAAGUGAAGAGGUGUUUGCUCCCUUUCGAUAAAGAGACUGGUUUUCACAAGGGCUUCUGCUGGGUAGGAUUCACAACAGAGGAAGGCCUGAACAAUGCCCUACACAAGGACCCGCACAUACUGGAUGGAGCAACGGUCCAGGUCCAGAGGAACAGGAAGGUGUUUACGGGGCAGAGGUUAAAGAGAGAGACAGAAUAUAACUAGGGUUUAUGACUGCUGUGUUUCCAUUGCAAAGAGGCAUCGUUUUAUUGUUAAUGUGAGUGUUCUUGUCAACUUGGCAACAGUUUUGUUUGUGUAACUGAAUGAGGGGGUGAUUACCUCUCCUGUGAUGUAUGUUCAUCCAGUCAAGGAUGUCGUCAUCCUUCUGGCGUCAUCGAGCUCAUCCUGUGUCCUGUACUGUCAGCAGUAGACCCACAACACACUGCCUGACAAGUGUGCUGGACGGAGCAUUGUUCAUUUAAACUGCUGUGAAAGACUUCCAACCUACAAUAAAUGUAUUCACAACAAAAA